CGGCUCCGCUGCUCUACUCUGCUCUGUUUCGCCGCCGAUCACGCCCACGAACGAACGAAGCUGCCCAGGCCAGCGCUGUGCUCAAGUAGUGAUGACUUGGAAUGCUUCCCUAACAACUGCUUUAACAAUCCUCACUCUCCCUCCCUUCAAGGUCCACUGUGCCAUUUGUACCUUCCUAUGACCUUGUGUGCUCUAUCGUCCUCGUAUUCUUACUCUCCCACAUACACCUCAACUACACCGUAUCCUCUCGUCGUCAUUGUAUAGCUUACAGGCACCGACCUGGCCACGGCCACCGUACAUCCUCCCACCCACUCGUUAGAACUUCACCACGACCUGAACAAGGUACUGGCUACAUCAGCGCAGCUUUGGCGAGCUGCUUCAGCCACGCCCAAACAUAGGUCGCCUUUUCCAGCAUGUUUUCCGAGUAUGCCUCCAAGUUCCUUGCACAGUCGCAGUCGCGGCUGUCUCUUGGACAACCCGACCCAGAAUCUACUCGAAACACACCAAACCGCUACGGUUAUGACCGCCGUUCGUCGUCGAGACUGGGCGCACACAGAUCGAUAUUAGGAAGAGCAAACAUGCCAAAUCCAUACCAGCCUAGCGGGUCUACCAGGUUCCCAUUCAGCUCCCGAGUGUCCAACGCCCCAGCACCGUUGUUCUACAGCGCUGCGGACGAUUUUCGGGAAGAGGAUGAUGAGACAGAGUACGAGAGAGAAGUUGCAGAUCUGCAUGCUCUGCAAAAGUCGCGUCGCAACUUCGGGAGUCACAUGGUUGAGUCGUCAGGAACGGAUGAGGAUCAGCAAGAGUCGGCCAGAAGCAUCGGUGAUGGCAGUCCAGCAUUCUUCUCAAGAGGCAUCAAAAGCUCUUGGAAAGGCGAUCAAGUAGGCGGACGCGGCAGAACACAAGCGACACGACUCACCGUCGAAGAGACAGAAGACAGGGGUCGCAGUGUGGGUAUCCCAGGGGACGGACCAAGUGGCAAAGAAAGAGCAAAUAUGGUCGACGUAGAGCUUGCCUCCACUGUGCAUAGCGAACGCGAUCCACUCGUAGAUGACAUAUCAGACUAUCAAGACGACAAGCCCCCAGCCGUGCAGAAAUUUCGAAAAGCUCCUACGGUGAGAGGUCGGAGGAGCCCGCUUCGCACGACACUGCCCAUACCCCAGGAGACGGACGAAGAAGCACAUGUAGCGCAGCCUCCACCCACAGAGACAGAUGCCGACGGCGAGACGACUCCGGCCGAAGCUCUACCAGAGUCUGAAAAACACGACACAUUUUGGCUACAGUUGUUUCUGAUAUGCCAGUGUGCAACAAUAGGGGCCUUUAUCCUAGUGUUAUUGCAAACGUCCACGCCGAAAACACCUCUUGGAGAUACGAUAUAUACAGUUCUCCGAAAGUCCUACCAUUUACUCGGCGUCUACUCUCUCGUUUCAAUUAUCGUCGGAUUCUUAUGGCUAGCCUUGCUACGGUCCUUUGCACGUCCACUGAUCACCAUUAUUCUCGUGGCUGUGCCCGUCAUACUUUUCUCAUUCUUCCUCUAUCCGUUCGUGUCAAGCUUCAAAGGCGAUGGCGAAAGCUCAGGCGUACAAGACAAAGCUAUGAGAUGGUUGUCCUUCAUUCCAUGCCUUGUCGCGAUCUUCUGGACUUACACAAUAUGGAGAGGUCGCCAGUCCGUCACUAAAGCCAUGGAACUGUUGGAAUUUACCGGCAAGAUUCUCACUGCGAUGUCACCUUUGCUGCUCGUUGGUUUUGCGACGUUGUCCUCUGUCGUCGUAUAUACAUGGCUAUGGAUCUGGAUGUUCACACGUCUCUUCUUGGAAGGGCAGAUCAACAAGCGCUCACUAUUCAUUCUUGACUUCAGCACAUGGUGGCUAGGCGCAGGCUUCAUCCUCGAAUAUCUCUGGACGCUCGGUGUCAUUGCGGGGAUUCAACGCGCCACCACUGCUGCAACAGUUUCACAGUGGUACUUCCAUCGCAACGCUCAGCCACGAAUCUCCUCUCGCAUCGUCGUCCAAGCCUCAUUUAUCCAUGCCGUCACCACGAUGGCCGGUACGAUCUGCCUGUCCACCUUCAUAUCCCUCCUGAUCCGCGCACCGCUCCUGAUCCUUCCCCGUCGCUUCGCAGGCGCUAUCACCAUGUGCAUCUACAGCCUGAUUCCAGCCUCAGUCGCUACGCUCACAAACCCACUCACCCUCACUUAUGCCUCAGUACAUAGCCAGAACUUGCGUAAUGCGGCAAACAGCCUUUCACAGAUGACUUUCGUAUCGAAAGACUCGCCCACGACAACGCUCACUCCCAGAUCAUUCAACUCCCGCAGUGGGUCCUCGCUACUCCCCUAUCGCCUUGCGAAGCUAUUGUUGCACGCGCUGCGCUUCAUCAUGUCCCUCGCACUCGGCUUCGGAGGCUGGGUGACUACAGCUCGUAUGCUGGAGAUCGCGAGCGACGGGACGAGCAAACACGGAAGCAUGUAUGCGUAUAUCAUCGGUUUGAUCGCUGCGGCAAUCGGAUGGGGUGUUCUUGGUGCGAUGGAGGGCGUCAUGGGCGGCAUACUUGACGCCCUUGUGAUAUGCUGGGGCAGUGAGGUUGGUGUCCAUGGACAAGGCGAGGCCAGAUACUGUCGCGAGGCCGGGCAAUUGUUAGGAGAGACGCCACGGGGCCGGUGGUCGUGAUGCAACCGGGCAAGAGUGUUCCCCGGUCAUUUCCUUUGUGUAUUCGAUAGUUGAGUUUUAGCAUGCAUGUCUGGCGAACUAGCGUUGGGAUAUAGGAUGGAUAUAGAGAUCAUUACACCCUCCUGAGAAUUGAGGACUAGGAAGAAUCUAAGUUUUCAUCAUCAUUACCACCACGACUGUUCAUGACUGAUCAAUUCAUUGUUUGAAAACUCUGUCGCCAAAACGCAUCAGAAAGCUAUUAAUCGGUUGUAA